GUGCUGAUAGGUUCAAGGUUCGGCUAUGUGUGACUUCAUGAGUCACCCGAGCUUUAGAGGAACGGCGAGCAUGUUGAUGAAGUAUGGUGCCAUGUGCGAAAUGACUUGGGUUGAUUACUGGCAGAAUAUGACAAGGACUUGAUUCUGUUCUAAAUUUAUGAGCUGCGUGUGGCUUUGAUGUUGAUUGCGUUUCGAUAUGUUUGCGUGCUGUAGUUAUAGCUGUAGAUACGGCGAGGGAUGUGGGUGCAUUACGAUCGCCAUUCCAUACUUUUCGCUCUUCUGUUUAGACUUAGUGUGAAUUCGUGCGGGCACAUUCAAGUUGCAGAUAUGCCGUUAGUUUAUGGUAAAUUGUUUUAGAUCUUUUGUAGGUUCAUUUGCUUGAUGUGGUAUUUUGUGUGCUCUUAGUAAGGGUAUGCAAUGGACUAGUGACAUACUUUGAAGUAAGAUGAUAUGAUUUUGCUAGUUACGUCGGUAUUUGUUUAUAAGUUGCAUGUUGAUUCUAGGACCAUAUAUGAAGGGAAGAGUAUUUGUAGGGCUAUUGUUGUGGUCACCUUUUUGUUGACAAUCAAAAUUCGCGGAGUCACAUGUAGGAGAAAUUGUUAAGCUGUUGAGUUAAUAACACUUAAUAUUUUUAUUCAGGAAACAUGACCGAGGAUCCUGUCAACGUGAAUGAGUAUCAAGAAUUGGCUAGGCAAGCCCUUCCGAAAAUGUACUAUGACUUUUAUGCAGGUGGAGCGGAAGACCAGUAUACACUUAAAGAAAACGUAAUGCCUAAUGAAUGCUGGUUUAGGCCGAGAAUCCUCAUUGAUGUGAGCAAAAUUAGUUUGUCGACUACUAUAUUGGGCUAUAACGUUGCUGCACCCAUUAUGAUUGCUCCAACUGCUUUGCAUAAGUUAGCACAUCCUGAAGGAGAGGUUGCUACCGCAAGAGCAGCUGCUGCAUGUAAUGUCAUCAUGAUUCUUUCAUAUAUGUCUAUGUGCACUGUGGAAGAGGUCGCGUCCAGCUGUGAUGCCAUUCGAUUAUUUCAAAUAUAUGUAUACAAGAGACGGGAUAUUACAGCUCGGCUUGUACAAAGAGCUGAAAGAAGUGGAUACAAAGCAAUUGUUCUUACUGUCGAUGUUCCCAGACUUGGCAGAAGGGAGGCAGACAUAAAGAACAAAAUGGUAGUGCCUCAGUUGAAGAAUUUUGAAGGUCUACUCUCAACUCAAGUUGUCUCUGAUGAGGGUUCAAACGUACAAGCUUUUGCUGAUUCAACUUUGGAUGCUUCUUCGACUUGGAAGGACAUUGGAUGGUUGAGAUCAAUUACAAAAUUGCCGAUUCUGAUCAAGGGAGUUCUUACACACGAAGAUGCGAUUAAGGCAGUGGAAGCAGGUGCUGCUGGGAUAAUUGUCUCGAAUCAUGGAGCUCGACAGCUAGAUUAUAGUCCAGCCACGAUAUCAGUUCUGGAAGAGGUUGUUCAUGCAGUCAAAGGGAAAGUCCCUGUUUUUGUUGAUGGAGGAGUGCGGCAAGGAUCAGAUGUUUUCAAGGCAUUGGCCCUCGGGGCACAAGCAGUACUGAUAGGAAGGCCUGUAGUAUAUGGGUUGGCGGCAAAAGGGGAAACUAGAGUUAGAAGCGUCACUCAGAGGCUGAAGGAUGAGCUCGAGCUUACAAUGGCACUAUCUGGAUGUACCACCAUAAAGGAUAUCACCAGGGGCCAUGUGAUAACAGACCGUGAGAGACUUCAUUCCUCUCUCUGAAUUCACGCUGCAGCAUCCAUGAAAAUGAGAUUCACAUAGUCAAAUGGACGAUACCAUUGUUGUUUUAUCACUUGUAGUUUGCCAUGUUAUGUAAUUAGUUGUCAUGUUUCAUUAUCAAAAAUAAAAUUGGAGUAA